GGGAUGUACCUUCUGCUAAUGAAUACAAAUCAAUUGAUGUGAAAAUAUUUUUUAAUUCUGAAGAUGAUUCACAGCAGGAAUUGGAAUUGAAAUGUUGCUCUUGGUCGAAUGACUGCAGCCGGGUCAUGGUAACAGUACGGAAUUUCCUCUUUAUUUUCAAUGUAGAGACAAGUGAUCUUGUGUCUAAACUUGAUGCGUGUCACCAAAGUACAAUCCUUUACUGUGAUGUUUGUACAACUAAUCAGAUUGUGGCAAUGGCCUUGUCACACUAUGUAGUACAGCUGUGGAAUAUAGACUCCUGUACCAAGAUAGCUGACUUCAAUGCGCACUUGAGCUGGGUUCAUUGUGUCACGUUUUCUCCAGAAGGUUCUUCAUUCCUGACCUCUUCUGAUGACCAGACUGUUAAGCUUUGGGAAACGAGCAAAGUAUGUGAGCCAUCAGCUAUUACACUUAAGCAGGACUUUGAUGUGGCAUUCUGUGAUGGUGAGGUAUUGGUCCUGGCACCAGACAAAGGAGACCGUUUAUUUUUAAUUAACGGGAAGUCUGGCGAUGUUGUGUGUCAGAGUAGUGCACUGGAAUCUUGUAUAACAAGCUGCUGUCUCAGUGCUGAUCAACGUUUAGCAGCUGUUGGCGAUAAGACUGGAUAUGUUAAGGUUUUGGAUAACUCCAGUGGUAAAGUCCUUCAGCAGCUGAAGAGUCACACAUCUACAGUGCAACAUUGUCAGUUCACGGAAGAUGGAACAAAUCUGAUUUCAUGCUCUGAUGAUUCCACAAUACGGAUAUGGACCUGGAAGUCUGGACAGAGCAAGCUAUUACAUGGGCACAAAGAAGCUGUGAAAUGUUUUAGGAUUUUGCAAAACUCAAGACUGUUAUCAUGGUGUUUUGAUGGAAAAGUUAAGAUAUGGGAUUGUAACACUGGUCAAACAGAGAAGGCAUUUAAUUGCCACACCGAGGCUGUUCUUUCAUGUGAUGUUUCUCCUGAUGCUACAAAAUUUUCAUCUACCUCUGCCGAUAUGAGUGCCAAGAUAUGGAGCUUUGAUGAACCCUUGCCUCUCCAUGAGUUAAACGGUCACCAGAGCUGUGUACGAUGUUGCAGUUUUUCAUUGGAUAACAAGUAUUUAGCAACGGGAGAUGACAAUGGUGAAGUUAUGAUUUGGAGCGUGCAGACUGGGGAGCUUCUCACACAGUGCCGUGAACUGUAUGCAGAUAAGGAAGAUCUGCUCCAUGCUGGCUGGGUGACCGGUGUACUCUUCUCUCCCGACAGUAAAAUAAUUGUAUCCUCUGGAGCAUGCGUCAAAUGGUGGAAUGUUGACACUGGAGACUGCAAACAAACGUUCUACACAAAUGGCACAAAUCUUAAAUCGAUACGUUCAUGUUCUACUUUUAGAACUUUUGUAACCAUUGAUAAUCUAGGGAUUCUGUAUGUACUGCAGCUGGUGGAAUGACAAUAAUGCACAGUAUGCAUUAAAUAUGCUGCACCAUUAGGUUCUUUUGAUAAUCUACCUUUUGUACCAGGAAGCCAACUGAGAGUAAAGCUACAGGGAACUCGGCUCAGUGCUGCUCUCAGAUACAGCAUGCAGCGUUUUUUAAUUGCCACUUGGUGAUAGGUGGAGCCGCGUAAGACUGAAUUUUGUUUCUAAUCAUUGUAUUCUCCUUGUGUUAUCAUUAACUCACGGUAUAUUACCUUAAAGCAGCAAAACAAGAACAGAAAAUACAAACCAGACUUUGAAACUUGAAUCUUUGCCAAUUGAGGUUUGGUGCCAUUUGUAUUUGUUUUACUGGCUGUUGCCUGCAAACGUAUCAGUAUUUACAUUACAAUGAUGUGCUUACAAUGUAUAGUUAAUCACCGCUUAGGAAGACAAAGCUAUGUAUAAAGGUACUUUACCUAUUAACCAGAUACUGGUGCUUUAUAGGAUAGGCUGCGUCAGAUGCAUUUUGUGUAUAAAAUGUCAUAUCAUUUGUAUUGUCGCUAUCCUUGUCAGUAUAUGGAAACAUCAACAGGAUCUGAUUAAAGGGACACUAAACAGAUUGUUAUUAAAACAAAUGAACAUCUUGUUUGCUGCAGUUGGUUUUUAAGUAACCAAAUUCUACCCACCACUUGUCUUAUUUGGAGAUGCCAAUCCAAGCAUGUUUCUGGAAAAGGCAAGACGCCAAUCACAGACAUUAUGCUAGUAAAAGCUUUUUUUGCCGUUUUUAUCUAUUAAAGCAAAGUAUAUAAAGAUGUGCAGCAGGGUUCGCCUUGAGAAGUCAUUUACAGUUAUGAGAAUUACAGAGGUAAAAAAUACAUAUUGAGAGUACAUUGCAGAAUUAUUAUUUUUUUUUACUAUGCAUAAGUAAAAAAUGUAUAGUAAAAUCUCACUAUUUUAUGUCUCUUUAAGUGCAGCACUUAAUCACGCUCAGUCUUAUUAAGUGACACAAACCCAUUUACAUAUUUACAAUGACAAAUGACACUGAAAUUAGAAACACAAAGCUAGGAUUUUACUUUAUUAAAAUAUUUUUCAUAGCCUUUUUUUUUAAUGUGUCUGCUGACUAGCUCUGAUGUCUGCUGGCAUUGGGAUCUAUAACAGAAUUGGGAAGCUACUUGAUUUCAAAGUGACCUGCAGUUUCCAUUGGAUCCAAUGAUACAAGUCAGGGGUGUAGGGUGGGUCAGGGGUGUAACUGGGCCCCAGGGUGAAGGUUGUGGCAGGGCCCCCAUUUUAACAGAGCUGUUUCUGGUUGUUUGCAAAAGCUGAGCUGGAAACCACUUAGUAGAAAGAGGAGCUGCCUCUCUGUGACUGUGAGACGUCCAUCCUACUGGUUAGUCUGCAGCAGCGGUUAUGCACUUGCACAGGCUUCCUGUAUAAAUAUGGUGACUGGUUUUGCUGUACAAUACUGAGAUUGACACCUUGGAAAUCCAGCUAUUAUAUUGUAAAAGCAAAUCCAGACACUUUCCUUAAACAUUCAGCUUUUUUCACAGGGGACACACAGAGGGGACAGGCUUCCCUGUAGUAAUGCCACUUAUGAUUGCACAGCCACAUGGGCCCCCUGGGAGUGUGUGCCCAGUAUCGAUUGAGACCCUUAUAGUUAGGCCCCUGAUGCAAGUGUUUAAAUGCACUGUAAAUGGGGAAAGCUUACUUCUAGUGAGUUAUUUUAUAUAUAUAUAUAUAUAUAUAUAUAUAUAUAUAUAUAUAUAUGAUAAUGUUAAUGUAAAAUGUAUAUCUAUACCUAUAAAUCUAUAGGAACAGAUAUACAGGUGUGUAUAUAUAUAUAUAUAUAUAUGUAUAUAUAUAUAUAUAUGCACGCACACAAUAAAAACUACAUUAUCCUGUAUGUGAAGAACAUUAGAAUGUUAAUUAUUCAUAACUGCUCUCAGGUUAACAGGUUUUUCUUCUGCGCUCUCCAUUGAUUCCUUUAGGGAAAAUACAUUAAAGUAGUCGCAAUAUUUGGUUAGCGCACGUCGGGUUUCAGUCAUGCUCAAACUUUUAACUUGUAAUAGGCGCGCUACCCAACAUGCGCGCAAAGUUUACUCUCGAGCAAAAUCGCUAAAUAGCGCCCCACUUGUAAUCUGGCCCAUAGUGUUUUAUUAAUCAUACAACUGUCCUACAUUUUCGUUUUAAUAUCCUGUUUUUUUUAUGUUACAUUAAGUGCUGACAGAAUGUUAUUUAACUAAUUUCAUUGUAAAAAAUGAUUUGUUCAUUUAUACAUUGUUUGCUUUUCUUAUGAAUUCUGUCGCUAACAUAAAGAUAAUAAUUUCACUGUUACAAAAAAUGAUUUAUACAUUUGUUUGCUUUUCUAAUGAAUUCUGUCGCUAACAUAAAGAUACGCAGAAAUUACGAAGGUUGCCUUCUACUUUGGAUAUUUAGUGUAGUAGGUACACUGCUUAGGCAUAUAGAAUUUUGCAAAUUUUUUUUUAUAUGAUAUGUAAUAAACCCAUCUUCUUUCAAAAUUAUAAUUAUAUCAGUGUUUUCUACAUAUUAUCUUUUUCUGCAGGAUGAGCCAGUCUGAUGUUAUUUGUGAUCAUUUAGAAUUACAAAGAAAAUGUGAACAGUCUAUGCCAAUGUUCCUUUUAAUUAAUAAUGCCUACACUUUGUAAUGCAUAUAUUAGCUAUAAAUGUCUAUUUUUCAUUUUCUCUGUUUUAAGAUCAUAACAUGAGAUGUGUACAUUAUAUACAUAUACCUUGGUUUUUCCAUUUUUUCAAUAUUUGGAUUGAUGUUUGUUAUGAGUCUCAAAACCAUAUACGUGUUUAGACUGUGUAUCCUGAUCACAUUUAUACUUCUUUUUUUUUUUUAAACAGUUCAUACAAAGCUACUUAGCGCUUUGAUUUAAAAAAGUAACAAUUUCUUGUGCAGAAAUAGCAUGCGUGUGGCAUGAUGUUAAAGGGACAGUCUACACCUUAGUCAUCUUAAAGUCUUACCUUAGAUUAAGCUGCAAAUAGCCUCCUGCACCUUUUCUAUAUCAUGCAGCAGGAACAGUGAAAAAGUUAUUUUAAAAUUAAUAUUGUUUCUGGGCAUUUUAAAAUGACUGUCAAUCUCCGCCCACUGAUAACAUCACAAUCUGGGCUGCAUCUAGGCACUCUGCUAAAUAGCAUUGACAGUCUGUUGAAUCCAACUAGUGAGCCUUUUGUGAUUGGACACCAUAUGCAACCCAGAUUGCAAUGUCAUCGGUGGGCGGAGGUAAGCAGCCAUUUCAAAGUGGCCAAAAAAAAUAUUCAUUUUUAAAAUAAACUUUUUACCAUUCUGCUGCAUAAUAUAGAAAAGUGCAGGAGGCUAUUUGCAGCUUAAUCUAAGGUAAGACUUUCAGAUGACUAAGGUAUAGACUGUCCCUUUAAACUUCUAUACAAAAUUCAAAGUAAUGUUUUUAUAGAAUGAGAAAUUACUUUGGCAUACUUUCAGCCCAGUUCUUCAUGUUAAACCUUAGUAUCAACACUUUAUACCAUGUACCUGUGAAAUAAGUUUCACUGCAAAGGUUUCCAAGAAACAAAAUGUUUUUUAUUUAUCUGAAUAAUAUGUAUCAUAACUGUGAAGGUCAAAUUGCAGAUCUGUCAACAGCAAUUUGUAAAGUCAACUAAAUAAAUACCAUUUUUCUAUGCUUUUUAAAAAAUAAAAAAUAAAUAAAAAAAAUGUUUGCAUAUUUUGAAAUAAAUAAAAAUUGAAGAGUA